GGGCGGUCGGCGCUCUCACUCGGGUGCCAGUGCAGGGGGUGCUGCUCCUUGCUGGAUUGGAAGGUGGCGCCCGACCCCUUCAAUCGUCUCCUGGGUGGCAGAGAACGCAGCUCACCGCGUACAGCUCCAGAGCGUCCCGGGAGACGCGCCCUGGAAAGUGGUGCCACUGCACCACGUUCAGGGGGCGGCAGUGGACUCCGUCGCGCGCCAGCUGCGAUUGGCCAGGCCAUGUGGCGCGGCUGUGACGUCUGGGCGCUGGCGCAUGCUAUUGGACGAGCCGCCCGGGGCCGAGGCGUGGAGGCGGCGCGCGGCGCUCGAGACCCGCAUGCGAGUCCGAGUCCGAGUCCGAGUCCCUGCGUCGCCGGCUUGAGCAUCCUAGGACACAUCAGACAUUUUGUAAGGAUGCCUGAAAUAAAUACUGACCACCUUGAUGGGAAACAGGUACAACUCCUGGCAGAGAUGUGUAUUCUUAUUGAUGAAAAUGACAAUAAAAUUGGGGCUGAGACCAAGAAGAAUUGUCAUCUGAAUGAAAACAUUGAGAAAGGAUUGUUGCAUCGAGCUUUUAGUGUCUUCUUAUUCAACAGUGAGAAUAAGCUCCUGCUACAACAGAGAUCAGAUGCUAAAAUUACCUUUCCAGGUUGCUUUACCAAUACUUGCUGUAGUCAUCCAUUAAGUAACCCAGGCGAGCUUGAAGAGAACGAUGCCAUUGGAGUAAAACGAGCAGCACAGAGGCGUUUACAAGCCGAGUUAGGAAUUCCCAUGGAAGAGGUUCCGCCAGAAGAAAUUAAUUAUCUGACACGAAUGUACUACAAAGCUCCGUCUGAUGGUAUCUGGGGUGAACACGAAAUUGACUACAUCUUGUUUGUGAGGAAGAAUGUAACGUUGAAUCCAGAUCCUGGUGAGAUUAAAAGCUACUGUUAUGUGUCAAAGGAAGAACUGCAGGAACUUCUGAAAAAAGCAGCCCUUGGUGAAGUUAAGCUAACUCCAUGGUUUAAAAUUAUUGCAGAUAAUUUUCUGUUUAAAUGGUGGGAUAACUUAAACCAUUUAAAUCAGUUUGUUGACCAUGAAAAAAUUUAUAGAAUGUGAAAGCAUAGAUGAGUGAUUACUGAAAAUAUUCUCUACUUAGUAAAUUUAGAAUGGUUUUUGUUUUAAAUUUGGUUCCUUUAGGGGAACUUUCAUAUGGUACUUUAUAAUUGGAGUUUGUGUAGGAAAAAAAAAAAUUGACUUGUAAUUUUGUAUCACAUACCACAUAUAUAUGUUCUACUCUUUGUAAAAGACAUUUAUAAGAAAUACUGUAAAGUGAGAGAGAACAAUAAAAAUUGACCCUGUCCAAACCCCCAGUUAUGACAAAUUAGAACAAAUAAAUGAAGUUUUUCCAGUUUUGGUAUAUUGUAAAAGACAUUUUCAGACACAUAUAAAGUACUCUUCUGUUCACCAAAUAUUUUACAUAUAAUUUUUGUCAUUGUCUAGAAAAAUAAGCAAAAGAAAGUAUUUGCUUGGCUACUUCAAACCAAUCUAAUUAACUGACCAUAUUAACAGAUUAAACUGGCAGUCUAGACCUAAGGGAAAUUAAGUGCUAAAUGUUCUAACUUCUAUCAUUCUAGAAGUAUCAUUUUGAUACUUAAAGGCAACCAUUGCAUUUGGUAAUGAGAUUGGUUAGCUUAAAUCUUCUAAAGUAUUUACCAAUUACAAAAAUCUGUAUUUUCAGAAUUCACAUGGACAGAGAAACUACUCUUAAAAUAGAGUCCUACUCUACAGCUGGGUUUCUAGCCUUGGUAUUAUUGACAUUUAGGUUGGAUAGUUCUUCACUGUCAUGAUUCAUCCUGAGCAUUGUAAGAUUUUUAGUAGCAUCUCCGGGCUCUACACACUAAGUGCCAUUAGCACCCUUUCUCCCAUGACAACUAGAAUUACACCAGGUAGUGCCAGAUGUCCCCUGGGAAGGCAGUCACUUAUGAAUUGCUGUUUCAUAAA